AUGUCCAACCCAUUGAGAACUCUGUGCACAGUAUUAAUGUUCUAUUGUUUUUCAAUAUGUCUUACAUUUUUCAACAGCCGGUGCAUAAAAGUUUUCCCGUACCCACUGUCUAUUACUUUAUUGCACAUGAUCAUAAAAUUCAUAUUAUCAUGGUUCGUAAGAUGUUCGCUAUCAUGGUUGUAUAACUACCCAAGAGUGGAGCUCCCCUGGGCGAAGUAUUUGAAAAUUGUUGCUGUUUCUGGGGUUUCUAGUGCUUUAGAUAUUGGUUGUUCAAAUUGGAGUUUUGAGUUCAUCACUGUGUCAUUGUACACGAUGACAAAGUCUACCAGUGUUAUUUUUAUUGUAAUGUUCUCUGUCUUACUUAAAUUGGAGAAACAACGGCCAUCCUUAGCCAUUGUUGUUGGACUGAUCACUUGCGGGCUUUUUAUGUUUUCAUAUGAGUCCACUCAGUUUAAUUACAUAGGGUUCCUCCUUGUUCUUGCAGCGUCAUUUUUAAGUGGAAUUCGGUGGUCUUUCACCCAGCUUAUCGUACAGGGACAAUGUUAUGGUCUCUCUCAUCCUAUUGAUUUUAUGUUCCAUUCUCAACCAUGGAUGGCAUUGGCCAUUUUGCCUCUUUCUCUGUACAUUGAAGGUUUUGAACUCGUAACGGCAAAAAAUCUUUUUCGCAGUGAUGUCUUUGAUCAAUUAAUAGGCAACUUAGUCCAAUUAGGUACUGGAGCUCUGUUAGCAUUCGGUCUUGAAAUAUCGGAAUAUCUGGUUGUUAGUUCUGCUUCAAGCUUGACUUUAUCGGUUGCUGGUAUAUUUAAGGAAGUAUGUACCCUGUAUCUUGCUGCAAAAUUUAAUGGAGAUAAUAUAUCUUACAUUAAUAUGAUUGGCUUUGUCAUUUGUUUGUGUGGAAUCACUCUUCAUAUAGUUGCAAAAGCUGUUAACAGUAGCAAGUAUUCCGGAGAAAAGUAUCGUUCUUGA